CUGAUACUCAGGAUUAGGUAGCAUCUUCUACUCUUGUCCCCUUGUGCUCACACCUGUUUUCUGCACGGUGCUCUCUAUGUUCACAUGAGGAGAGGAGAAGGACAAUCCCUUCUCCGGCUCUCCAUACCAAUAAAUAUAGUCAGAUACUGCUGCAUCGUCUCCAUCUAGUAGUGGAGGAAGAGGAGAAAGGGGUAGCAGUCAGCCAUGGCGACGGCCAAGCCCAUCCUGUACGGCGCCUGGAUCAGCUCUUGCUCUCACCGUGUCCGGAUCGCUCUCAAUCUCAAAGGUGUGGACUACGAGUAUAAGGCAGUCAAUCCUCGGACAGAUCCAGACUAUGAAAAAAUAAACCCGAUCAAAUACAUACCAGCAUUGGUAGAUGGGGACUUUGUUCUAUCUGAUUCUCUCGCUAUCAUAUUGUAUCUGGAAGAUAAGUAUCCUCAGCAUCCUCUAGUACCUAAAGAUAUCAAAACGAAAGGUCUCGAUCUUCAGAUUGCGAACAUAGUUUGCUCAAGCAUCCAACCUCUCCAAGGCUACGGCGUAAUUGGUUUACAUGAGGGUAGGUUGAGCCCCGAUGAGAGCCUUGAGGUGGUUCAACGUUAUAUUGACAAGGGCUUCAGAGCAAUAGAAAAGCUCUUGGAUGGAUGUGACAGCAAAUAUUGCGUUGGAGAUGAAAUCCAUUUGGGAGAUGUGUUUCUAGCCCCACAGAUCCAUGCCGCCAUCAAUCGCUUCCAGAUUGAUAUGACGAAGUACCCAAUCUUGUCGCGACUUCACGACGCGUACAUGGAAAUCCCGGCAUUUCAAGCCGCACUGCCCCAGAAUCAGCCAGAUGCACCUUCAGCAAAAUAAUCAAGAAAUCAAGCCAGUUACAACUAUAUGCGUGUAAUUUCCACAAUAAUGAGGAAUGUAGUCUGCAAUGCAUGGAAGAACCUCUCAUAAGUCAUAACUUAUCAGGUUGUCUGAGUGUAUACACUUUGGCGUCCAUCUCGCCGAGGCGCGCGUACAUGCCAUGGCGAGCUGCCGGCCGGGCCCCGGCGCCAUGUAAAUUAAUAUUGAUCGAUUCACCACCAGUGAGAUUUGGCAAGAAAAAAGAAAGGUGAUUUGACGAA